AUGACUCAGUACCAGAGUUCAAGCCUUGUUGAAGACGAUUCAAGCGAAGUGAACAAUGCCGGUAUCAAAAGCCGUUCUCCUAACUGGUCGGAUGCAGAGAUCCAUUUCCUUAUCGCCACGUGGAAGGAUCACCAUCCCAUCAGCAAGAGACAUAACGCCGCUGUUUGGGAAUCCAUUGUGAAACAACUAAAUAAUCUGUUGAGAGAACAGGGGAUUAUGUCCAUUCGCACAGCAUCCCAAUGCAAGUCUAAGAUAAAGAAUUUAGAAGAUGAAUACAAACGUGUGAAGGACCAUAAUAACAUGAGUAGGAACAAUCGGGAAACUUUCACCUACUAUGAAGAUUUAAAUGAAAUUACACCAAAAGCUGUAAUUGAAUACGGGUUUGAAGACGACAGGCUACCCAUUAAUAUCUGUCCCUCAUGUUCUGGUAAGAAAUCUACCCCUUCAAUGCCAGAAACAGAGGAAGAGCUAUCAGACUCCAGUGUCGGAGACGAAGAGGGUCAAUUGCUUGCGAAUGCACUUUUUAGGUGUGAACUGGCUUCCUCCAACAAAGGGAAGAAAACUUUGGCUAGUGCCCUGAGUUCUUCCAAAUGA